AUGUCCGCGGGAUCGGGCCCAGAACAGAAGGCCAGUGACCAUGAUGCGCAAGCACAACCGACCUCACAACAUCAGAAUGCCAAUACUAUUCCUUCCACGGCUAACGCCCAUUCGAGCAUGAGUCCCUUGGAACGUUGGCAAGCACAAGCAAUCAGGGAGGAGCCAUGGAAUAACAUCAUGAGCGUCGAUGUAACACGAAGAUCCUCGGGCACAACAGGCAGCGGGGCUGGACAGGCAUCGAGUUGUGAUGGUAUUGCGGGCUCAGUCGACACGAAAUAG